UGUGGGCGGAGGACCUCGGACGUCUACAACAACCUGCGCCAGACCCCGCUACACCUGGCGGUGAUCACGGGCCAGGUGGCCCUGGUGAGGCUCUUGGUGGCCCACGGGGCGUCCCCGAUGGCCCCGGACCGCUUGGGUCGCACGGCCGCUCACCUGGCCUGUGCCCCUCACCUGCCGGGGGGCGGGGCCAGCGCCAGGCCACGCCCCCGCCUCCUGCGCGAGCUCCUCAGGACCCCCGGGGGGACCCCCGGGACCACCCCCCCUUUGGACCUGCAGGCCCGGGAUUAUGAGGGUCUGACCCCUGCACGUGGCUGUUGGGUCGGGGGUCCCCGAAAUGUCCUGGUGCUGCUGGAACACGGGGCUGACGUGGAUGCCGUGGACAUCAAGAGCGGGCGGUCCCCGCUGCUCCACGCGGUGGAAAAAAACAACCUGGAGAUGGUGGAGCUGCUUUCCCAGCACGGGGCCAGCGUGAACGCUCAGUCCUACGGGGGCAGCACCGCCCUCCACGCGGCCGCCGGAGGGCUUCCUGGGGUCCUGGCCCUCCUGCGCUCGGGGGCCGAUUGUGGGCUCAGGAACCUCCACAACGACACCCCCGCAGGGGUGGCAGCCUCAGCGCAGGUGAUCGACAUCCUGCGAGGAAAGCCUGAGACCCUCAGAACCCUCAGCUCUCCCAAACCCCCCAACG